AUGGCUGACCGACCUCAACAACCCGUUCGACCUGCUCGCGCACGCAAGGGCUCGCCCAUCAAGACCGGAUACCUGGUUCUCUACAAUGCUGUGUCGACUAUUCUUUGGGGCACCAUUUUGGGCCGCGUCCUGUUGAUUGCUUCCGUGCAUGGCACGAAGUAUGUUUACCCGGGUGUUGGAGAGUUUGCAAAGUGGACGCAGACAUUGGCGUUGUUGGAAGUUGUGCAUGCCGCUGUUGGCAUCGUACGCGCCCCUCUCCUCACAACCCUUAUGCAAGUCGCCAGCCGUAUCCUCUUAAUCUGGGGCAUUGUCCACCCCUUCCCCAACACCGUCGCCUACUCUCCCAUCUACAGCUCUAUGCUGGUCGCCUGGUCUGUCACUGAAGUCAUUCGCUACUCCUACUUCGCCAUCAACCUCUCUACCGGAAGCGUCCCUGGUAUCUGGCUCUGGCUCAGAUACAACACUUUCUUUGUGCUUUAUCCUCUGGGUAUCAGCAGUGAGUGUGCACUGGUUUGGAAGGCUGCCACUGGCCCUGCUGGACAGUAUACUGGUGUCAAGGAGGCUUUGUUUGCGAUUUUGUUGAUCUAUGUGCCUGGCUCGUAUAUUCUCUUUACGCAUAUGAUGGCUCAACGUCGCAAGGUCAUGCGUGGAAACCACGCAAAGACCAUUUGA